AAUGACUUUGGGGCUAUUGAUCAAUCAUUUUGAAUAAUCAUCAUCAAAGCAAACAAUCAUUUCAAUUAUUGAUUCAUAUGAUUCUAUAGAAAGUCUUUGAGUGUAAAAAUCUCGUUUCGCAGGAGAAAGAAAAGAAAUUUACGCGUAGCGUGUGAUGAUUGGUUCUCUAUCUAUAACAUGUCGCGCGCUGAUUGGCUGAUACAGUUCUCCUUGUAGUACGGGAAUCUCUGAACUGCUGUUGUAGGCUGAGAGUAAGUUUGUUAAUCUCUCAGUAGGUUCAACGUAAGAAAUGGCACGAAUUAAGACCUUAAUAGCAAUUUCCUUACUUGCUCUGGUAGCUUUUGCAUAUCUAGGAUAUGCUGAGGAGAUCCUAGAGGAUAAAGAAACUGAAGACUCGGACCCUGGAGCUGAAAACGACGACGAGCAAGAAAAAAACGACGCGGACGAUUCAGACGAAGUUAAAGAAGAGGAUGAUGUUUUAGUGCUUAACUCUAAAAACUUCGACCGAGUUAUUGAGGAAAAUAAUAUCAUUCUUGUAGAAUUCUACGCGCCUUGGUGUGGACAUUGUAAGUCACUUGCACCAGAGUAUGCCAAAGCUGCCAAAAAGAUGAAGCUCAACGACCCCCCUGUCCCCUUUGCUAAAAUGGAUGCAACUGUUGCUUCUGAUAUUGCUCAGAGAUUUGAUGUUAGUGGCUACCCCACCCUGAAGAUAUUCCGUAAAGGGACACCCUAUGAGUACGAAGGACCGAGAGAGGAAAGUGGAAUUGUGGAGUAUAUGAAGAAGCAAUCUGAUCCUAACUGGAAGCCACCACCAGUGGCAGCUUUGACACUGACCAAGGAAAACUUCACUGAAGUUGUUAACAGAGAGAGCUUGAUGCUAGUGGAAUUCUUUGCCCCAUGGUGUGGACACUGUAAACAACUUGCGCCUGAGUACGAGAAGGCUGCUCAGGAACUGCAGAAGCACGAUCCUCCUAUCCCUCUCGCAAUAGUUGAUGCUACUAUUGAGAGUGAACUUGCUCAGAAAUACGAAGUCCAGGGUUACCCUACUCUGAAGGUCUUUAGGAAGGGAAAAGCUACCGAAUACAAAGGCCAACGAGACCAAUAUGGUAUUGCGUCCUACAUGCGUAGCCAAGUUGGACCAAGCUCUCGAAUUCUAAGCUCUUUGAAGGCAGUGCAGGACUUCAUGAAAGAGAAGGAUGAUAUAACUAUCAUGGGAUUCUUUGAUGGAGAAGAUGAUAAAAUGCUUGAAAGUUACCUUGAAGCCAACAAUGAUGUCAGAGAUGAUUACCCAUUCGCACAUACUUUUGACGCUGCUGCAAAGAAACACUUUGGAAUCAAGAAAAGUUCAAUUGUUCUUUUCCAGCCUGAACGAUUCCUCUCAAAAUAUGAGCCAAAGCACUUUGUAUAUGAGGGCAAAGAUCUGUCACCAGCUGCUCUGCAGGGUUUCUACAAAGACAAGCGUGUGCCCCUUGUAGGUCUCUACACUUCGUAUGACAAGGACAAGAAGUAUGCUGCCAGGCCUCUCUGUAUUGUCUACUAUGGCGUGGACUUUGGGUUCGACAAUAGAGUUGCCACCCAAUUCUGGCGUUCCAAAGUGAUCGAAGUUGCCAAGGAUCACCGUGACAUCACCUUUGCCAUUGCAAAUGAGGAAGAAUCAGAGCAAGAAUUAAAGGAUUUCGGUCUUGCCGAGUCCGGAGAGGAGGUGAAUGUGGGGUGUUUUGACAAGGAGGGCAGGAAGUUCCGCAUGGACCCUGAUGAGGAGGAGUUCAGUGAAGACAGCCUGAGAGAGUUUGUGGAGGAGUUUAAAGCAGGCAACUUGAAACCCAUCAUCAAGUCCCAACCUGUGCCAAAAUCUAACAAGGAGCCGGUUACGGUGGUUGUGGGGAAGACUUUCGAUGAGAUCGUCAACGACCCCAAGAAGGACGUCCUUAUUGAGUUCUACGCCCCUUGGUGUGGCCAUUGUAAGGCUCUGGAGCCCACCUUCAAGAAACUGGGCAAGCACUUUCGAAACGACAAGAACAUUGUUAUCGCUAAGAUCGACGCCACAGCCAACGAUGUGCCUAGUACUUACGCAGUCGAAGGAUUCCCAACUAUUUAUUUUGCAACGUCAAAGGACAAAAAGAACCCAAUCAAGUUUGACGGUGGGAGAGAACUCAAAGACUUAAUCAAAUUUGUGGAAGAGAAAGCUACCGUUUCACUUUCAAAAGAAAAAGCGAAAGAUGAGUUAUAAUUAAUCGCUGUAUAGUAAUUUUUUGACGUUAGGAGUUUUUUUUUUGUUGUUGUUUUUUUUUUGCUACUCUUGGUGCCAUUUCCUCGAGGGUGAGAAACGUAAUCAAUAAAGAUAAUUUAUAAUAAAGAGA